UUUAAAAUGCCACGUUAUUAUUGUGAUUAUUGUGAUGUAUUCUUAACACAUGACUCAGCUUCAGUUAGAAAGGCUCAUAAUGCUGGAAAAAAUCAUCUUACUAAUGUUCGUGAAUAUUAUCAAGAAAUCGGUCAUGAAAAGGCACAGAAUGUUAUUGAUUCGAUAACUAAAGCCUAUGAAAAUCAGCCAGUUAUGUUACCUCUUCCAGGGAUGUUUCCUCCUUUAAUUCCAGGAAUGCCACCGAUGCCAAUAUCAGGAGUUCCAGGACCAUUGCCCCCACAUCCAGGUAUGCUUGAUACACCAUUACCACCUCCUAUUCCAGGAAUGCCAUUUCCUCCACCAUUUGUACCACCUUCACGUUUAAAUUUACCAUUCCCUGGAGGAUUUGUUCCACCAUCUGUACCUCCACCAGGUAUAUCUCAAAUUCAACCAAGUCAGCAAUCCUCUACAUUUCUACCUCAAAAUAUGCAGCAUUCCGGCUAAUUUAGUAAUUGUUUGAUUAAACU